GUUUUAAACCAUGUGGCAUGUCACUCUAAGUCUCUAAAGAGACUGACUGAUAGUACCUGCUAGUCUCGUCUCGAUGGACUAUAGACAAGUGAAGAUAGUCCGAGUUGUUCCUUCUAUACUCUGGUCCACUGGUACUGCAGGACACAUGCAUUGACAGGUGACGUGGUUGAGAAUAAGUCAGUAAUUAUUGAUUACUGAAGUUCGCGCGCUGCUGAUCCACGCACGACAACGUGACGCUUGCCAAGCGGGAUUCGACGAUCCGUAUUGCCCGGGCCGUGAUAUAAGUACUUCAGCUACCGAGAUUCCUCCAAGAUACUUGUUGAUUUCUGGGCAUGUCUACCACGAACAAGAAAACAAACGAAUUCCUUCCUGGUAUCUUGCCACCCCGUGGUACUGGCAGGACGUUGUCGAGCCGCAGGACAGUGGCAUUGAGGGGUCUGGUGGUACUGGCCACUGUAUUCGCAUCCACUUUUCUAUGGAAGGUACCAUAUGGCAUCGGGCCGUACCAUACCCACCAGGAAGUUAAUGCAGAUAUCUGCCCUCAAGUGUCUGAGCUCAUCCCAAAGUCCAAUGGUGCUUUGUGGAAGGCUUUGGGCGACACCUAUGAAACUGAUGCAUUCAAGAUGAGAGCGGUGGACUGGCUUGCAGGGGCUGUUAGGAUCCCAACAGAAUCCUACGAUCAGAUGGGUCCUGUCGGGACUGACCCACGCUGGGAGAAAUUCGGUGCUUUUCACGACUAUCUGUUGAAGGCCUUCCCACUGGUCCAUGCUUCCCUUGAGGUGACGAAAGUCAAUACCUAUGGCCUGAUAUAUGUCUGGAAAGGAACGAGCAGCUCUCUCAAGCCUCUCUUGCUUGCAGCCCACCAAGAUGUUGUUCCUGUGGAGGAGACCACAAUUGACCAAUGGCAGUAUCCACCUUUUUCUGGGCACUUCGACGGUGAGCGAGUAUGGGGACGCGGCUCGCAAGACGACAAAAGCGGGCUGAUAGGCAUCAUGUCUGCCAUGGAGAAUAUGCUGGAGAACAAGUUUCAACCAACCCGAACCGUAGUUUUAGCGUCCGGGUUUGAUGAAGAGACCAGCGGCCUUCACGGUGCUCAAAUGUUGGCACCAGUGUUACUGGAGAUGUUCGGUGAAAAUGGUUAUGCCAUGCUAGUGGAUGAAGGCUCUGGAUAUGGCGAACAGUUUGGCCGAGUCAUCGCAACUCCCGGAAUUUCGGAGAAAGGAUAUUUGGAUGUGAUGAUAAAUGUUGCAUCUCCUGGUGGACACUCGAGUCUUCCACCGUAUCAUACUAGCAUUGGCAUACUGGCGGACAUGCUCGUUAACAUUGAGAGAAAUCCAUUCGAAGUUCAUCUUGAAAGAGGUUCACCGACAUACAAGAUUGCACAAUGUCUUGUUCACACACCUGACCUUCCUGCAUCACUGCGAAGGGACAUCAUUCGCGCAGAGCAUAAUGAACUUGCUCUUCGCCGCGCUGAGCAGGAACUCUUCAAGAACCCAAUGUUUAAAAAUCUUGUCGGAACCACUCAAGCUAUUGACCUCAUUCACGGAGGGGUAAAAGUCAAUGCCCUGCCAGAGCAAGCUUGGGCUGUAGUGAACCAUCGCAUUUCGACGCAGAGUUCCGUCACUGCAACGAAAGGGCGUGAUACUGAACUGCUCAUAUCGCUGGCAAGCCAAUUCAACCUAUCAUAUACUGCCUUCGGUGCUAGGAUAACUGAUGCUGAUGCUCCCGCGUUUGGCACCUUGACACUAUCUGAAGCUUAUACGCACGGACUUGAGCCUGCUCCAGUCUCACCCACUGGACAUGACGCCGUGCCUUACCAAUUGUUAUCUGGUACUAUCAGAGCUGCAUAUAACUCUCACAGAGGUCUUUCAGAUGAUGACAGCUUGAUCAUCAGUCCUGGAAUCAUGUCAGGCAACACAGACACGAGGUACUAUUGGCAGCUGACCGAGCACAUCUUCCGCUAUGGCCAUACAGACGGUGCUACUGGUGGAAGCAUUAUUUCUGGGGUACACACCAUCAACGAGGCCAUUAAGAUCAGCAACUUUGUUGAAAUGAUUCAAUUCUUCACCACACUUAUUCUCAACGUUGAUGAAUCGGAGUUGCCCUGAGAGAGAAUUUCUGUAUUUUAGUAUACUGAAGGAGUUAAGACGCGGUGCCCUUUGCAUGGCUGUAUGGGAACAAAUAUGAGUAGUAAUGGUACAAAUCGCUGAUGUACGUGAGUAAGCUAGUUUAAGUUCGGCGUCCGAGUUACUGUCAGUCCUGAGUUUACGACUCAUGACAAAUUUUG